AUGCGGCUCACGGCAGACGUGAUUCUGCGCGCACAGGUGUCGAUCAACCCGUUGCGCGAACGCGAGCUGAACCUUCGAGGUUUCAAGGCUCCCGCGAUCGAGAACUUGGGCAUUACUCAGGAUGGGUUCGACUGCAUCGAUUUCUCGGAUAAUGAGAUCAAGAAGCUCGAGAACUUCCCGCGUCUGCGUCGGCUCCGGAUGCUGCUGCUGCACAACAACCACGUGUCCAAGAUUCAGGAAAAUUUGUCCGAAGCUAUUGCAAACUUGGAGUUCCUCAUGCUUACAGGAAACCGCAUUGCGCAGUUUUCCGAGGUCGACCACCUUGCUUGCUUCACCAAGCUGGACACACUCUCGCUCAGCGGGAACCCCGUGACAAAGCGCAAGUACUACCGCGAGUACGUCAUCUACAAGCUACCGCAACUGCAUGUCCUCGACUUCCAGCGUAUCCGCCCACGUGAUCGUGAGGCGGCUAGUGCGUUUUUCAACUCGGUGGUUGGACAGAGAGCCAUAAAAGAGGCCCAUGGAGAAAGUGUUGCAGCCCCUACGCAAUCAAUGGAGGACGUGACGAUUACAGAGCAACAAGCGCCCGUUGUAGUGAACGUAGCACCUCCUUUAGAACCACGUGCUUCAGACGUGUCUAAGGCAGAGGAAGAAGCCAAGGUUGAUUCGCCGAAAACGACUGCGGAGGCGGAGCCGAUGGAUGAAGCAGAGGCAUCAGAACCAAAGCAAGCACCACCACCUGCAGAUGUGGAAAUGGAAGAUGCAAGCGAGGAGAUUGCCGUGUUAUACACGCCAUUCAAGCCCAUAUCACAGAUGACUGUGUCUAUCUUGCGCGAGGAGCUGAAGAAGCUGGGCUUGUCUAUUAAGGGCUUGAAAGCAGAGUUGGUGAAGCGUUUGAAGGAGGCUGCCGGUGAAGCAUAA